AUGGACCGUCCAAGUGUUAAUACGCCAUUCCUCAUUGAACGAAACACUGGGUCGGAGCCAGGACCACUGGGCGAGAGAAUUUGUGUACGGCAAUUUUCUGAGCGCAUCACAGCAUGGCCAGAGGAAGAUUGGUCAGGCAUUUCUGAUUCUAAGCAGCGCCGGAGGCUGCAGAAUCGGCUAAACCAGAGAGCGCGACGCCUGCGGAACAAACUGGACACUCAAGCCCCACCUGAUGACCAGGCGAGUGAUAGUAAUACUCGUUCGUCGGCCGACAGGGGAGCACAUGCUCUGGCGGUGGUGACCACUCCAAAGCAUCGUAAACAACUUUCGAAUAGAGCUGGGAUUAGUGGCAGUGGGCCGGCGAUCUCUCUGGCAGCAAUCGAGCACGUACAUAUUCUUGAGCCAGACUCGGUUCAUACUAAGAGGGUGUUGCAGCAGCUAGAAGUCAUAGCGCGCACCCAGUACGUGCUGGGUUCCCCGCGUACUGACUUGCUGCUCCACCUCAUCCAGUUCAACUUUACAAAGGCUCUAAUAGAGAACACGAGGGUUCUCGGGCUCACCUCGGAGCAAUUACAUGACGAUGCAAUUUCGCCGUUUAAUAUCACCGGCCCUUGGCCGUAUAACUUCGAAGCUUCUCUUCCUUCUAGUCUCCAACCUACCGCCAUUCAGCGCACGAUACUUCAUCAUCCAUGGCUAGAUCUACUCCCAGUCCCUGAAAUGAGGAAUAACCUGAUUCUUGCUGAAGAUUCAUAUGACGAAACUCAGCUUUGCCUUGACAUGAAAGGAGCUGUAAGCGUGAGCACGAACCAAACAGGCAUUAUUGUUUGGAGGGACCCAUGGGACCCAUCGGGAUGGGAAGUGACCGAAUCCUUCGCUCGUUCUUGGGGAUGGGUGAUUCGAGGCUGUCGGGACCUCCGUCGCUCCACAAACGCUUGGAGAGCACGAAGAAAUGAAAGACCGCUUUUUCGGGUAUCAUAG